AUAAUCUUACUAACCCAGAUGCCUCCACUAACUCAGAUAAUUCUACUAAUUUAGAUGACUCCACUAACUUAGAUAAUUCUGCUAACUUGGAUGACCCUGCUAAUCAAAAUGACACUGCUAAUCAGAAUGAUUCUGCUAAUCAGAAUGACCCUGCUAAUUAA